GGCCCAGAAAAAAAUUAUCAAAUAUAUUUGGUGAAAAAUCAGAGGAAGAUGAAGUUAGAAGGUAGAGAGCUUGCGUAUUAAGGAUUGGGAUAUGGAUUAGGACAUGAGCGGUAGGCGGAGGGUUUUAAGAAAAAGGGUGGACUAGUCUGAGGUUCAAUAAACUACGCCGUUUAAUGGAUUAGAAAGCUACACCUCUAGACAGUGAUGUUGGGAUUGGUGGACGAGAAGUUCCUUGAGAUUACCAAAGAACGUGCGGCGGAAUCAAACGCGAAAACAUCAUUGGUGGAGAGCAAACAUCAACGAGAGGAGAUGCUUAACAAUCAAAAACCGGCCAAAAGCCUCGAACUUGGACCGGAGUCCGGACCUCUCACCUUGCGCCACCACCAUACCUACGGCCGUGAGACUUAUUAAUAGGAAACCCCUUAACAUCCUCGUAACAUCCAGUGUGUACGGAUAAGGAUCCUCAAAUUUCACCAUUUGUAAACAUUGAAAAAAGGAAAAAUACAAAUAGACAUUAUAAACACUUGAAUGGGAAGGGAAUAGUGUCGUGUGGGACUUUAACGCCAACGUGUUCUGUCACGCCGACAGGGCAACGGCACUUUUGCUCAGUGGCUUUCAAACGCUGCCACGUGGCGAAAACCAACUGAGCAAGCACUCUGGAGCUAGAGAAACCCCAGACCCGCAGGCUGCACGCCAUCGAAGAACUGCACAAAACCCUAUUCGAGAGCCCACUUCGAUCUCCAAUUCUCCGAUUCAAUACGGUCUCUGCGGUUAAAAAGCCCUCCAAUUUUGACUGACAGCCCAACCGCGUCGCUCCACGUGCCGGUUCGCCAGAAUGCUCUGCUCGGUCCCGCCAGCCGGAAAGUCCGGUUCAAACUGGCUCGACCGGCUCCGGUCCAAUCGGGGCUUCCCGACCACCUCCUCCGACAACAACAACGACGACAAUAACGACAACCUCGGACUCGACCACUUUCUACGCAACCAAAACCCUAGUGAGUCGACCCGCUCGAACUCCGGGUCGACUCAGUCCGACCAGGAACGGGUCGCUAAUCGGACCCAUGAAAAGGAACAUCAGCCACAACAACAAUUGUACAAUCUCAUGAGCAAUGUUCUCUCCGAGCUGUUCUUCAUGGACGGUGAUAAUGGUAACACCCAAAGCUCCAAACUUUCCGGGAAAAAGUUUCCCCGGAAACAAACAGCCCCAAAGUCGCUAACUACCUCAACAACAAACAAUAACACUCAUCUCCAACGAGAAGAAGAAGAGAAAAGUCCUGCGUGUACGCCGAAAGACGAGAAUGCCCCGACAACGGCGUCGUUUGGUUCCGAUAAUCGUUUGACGAAAGUGAAAGAAGGGAAUGUGGAAGCGGAGGAGGAGGAGAGAGAGCUGGUGGGGUAUUCUGCUAGUGAGGUGACGGUGAUCGAUACGAGUUUUGGGGUUUGGAAGAGCGAGAAGGUGGUCUUUAGGAGGAAGAACGUGUGGAAGGUAAGGGAGAAGAGAAGGAAAGUGAGAAGCUUUGGGAGGAAGAAGAGGAAAGGGAGUGGUGGGUGUGAUGUUGAUGAUGGUGAUGAUGAAAUCGUUGGUGAGUUGAUGAAGAAACCGAAGGUUUCGGGGUCGGAGUCCGUGGCGGGUUCGAAUCGAGGACAGAAUCCUCAGAAUGACUUAAGGGAAGAAGUGUGUAAAGACACACCAGAUGAUCUUACCCAAGUUCCUAAAAAGAGGUUUCCUUUUUCCAGAUCACCUAAAAAAUCAGGAAAGGGUAGCUCAUCUGUUAUCCUUAUUAAAGGCAUGCUUUCAAGCAAGAAACAUGGAGAAAAGCUUCUUAAAAAAUGCCACGAGGACACUCGGAGAUAAUUCAAGUCAUGAACACAGCUAACCGUCUUGAAUACAACUUCCUAUUAAAUGAUUCUCUCUGCAGUGGCCUCAGCAGUCUUCUAUCAGCAUUUGGUUCUCCUUACGACUACUUUUCUCUCUGGAAGAAGUAUGGAGUUUUGGGGUUAAUUCACACCUGAACGUCGAACAUCUACCUUUCAUACAAUUGGUUUAACCAAUCAACAUGGUGUGAAUAUUUUUUAUUCCCGUUCAAAAUGAAAAUAUCAUUUUUAUUUUCAUGUUUCUUGUGUACCUCCAAAUUCUGUGUGUUUAUGGGUGAGCAUCAUUGUCACCAGGCUUUCUAAACUGCUACUCACUUCGAUCCCAUACGAGGAACUAGAAAAUUGGAUGAAAUCGAAGGUUAUUAUUUAAAUAUUCU